UUGAUGGUAGUGCUUUUUAACCAUUUAAUAAAGGCUGCGUGUUUGAUUAAACACCUAUUGUCUUCUCUUAUUUUGAUGAUAGUUUCACAGUAAAAUAAAUGUGUUCGUCAAGAUUGUCGAGUGUAAAUAUUCAAAAACGAAUCACGCAACUGGACUACAAGUCCCAUAGUCGUACGUGAUGACGUGUUACGUUUAGCAACGGUUAGUUGCUAAAGAGAAAAAACAGCCGCUUCCGUGUUGUUCUUGUGUUAUUCUGGCAAAUAACUCUCGUUAGCGUAGUCGGUGCUCGUCUGACAGCCUCGCCGGAGUGAGACUAUCAUGAUUUUGUGAAGCUGACACAUAGUUUCAGCUUUUGUCGCCCGAUAUGUCGCUGCUGCAGAGCUCAAAGAAGAAAGACAAGCGUAUUUUGUCGGGUACCUGCCCGGACCCGAAAUGUCAGGCGAGGCUGUUCUUCCCCGCUCACGGCUCCGUUAGCAUCGAGUGCACCGAGUGUGGUCAACGCCAUGAGCAGAAAAACCUGUUAAAUGUCGAGGAGGUGACUGAUCCAGAUGUGGUGCUCCACAAUCUGCUCAGAAACGCCCUGCUCGGCGUCACCGGGGCCCCGAAGAAAGGCACGGAGCUGGUGAAGGUAAUGGGGCUCUCUAACUACCACUGCAAGCUGCUGUCCCCGGUCCUCACCAGGUACGGCAUGGAUAAACAAACCGGCAAAGCCAAGCUGCUGAGGGAAAUGAACCAGGGGGAGAUGUUUGACUGCUCACUCCUGGGAGACAGGGCUUUCCUGAUCGAGCCGGACCACGUCUCCACCAUGGGCUACGGCAAGGACCGGUCCGGGAGCCUCAUCUACCUCCAUGACACUCUGGAGGAGGUCAAGAAAGCCAACAGCAACAGGGAAUGUCUCAUCCCAGUCCACGUCGAUGGAGACGGGCACUGCCUGGUCCACGCCGUGUCCAGAGCACUGGUGGGCAGAGAACUGUUCUGGCACGCCCUGAGAGAAAACCUGAAGCAGAACUUCAAGCAGAACCUGGACCGCUACAAGGCCCUCUUUCAGGAUUUUAUUGACUCAGCGGAGUGGGAGGACAUCAUCAAUGAGUGCGACCCCCUGUUCAUCCCGCCUGAAGGUGUGCCGCUCGGACUGCGCAACAUCCACAUAUUUGGCUUAGCCAACGUCCUGCACCGACCCAUAAUCCUGCUGGACUCCCUGAGCGGGAUGAGGAGCUCUGGGGAUUACUCGGCCACCUUCCUGCCUGGGCUGGUUCCCGAGGAGCAGUGCAGGGGGAAGGACGGGAAGCUCAACAAACCCAUCUGCAUCGCCUGGAGCAGCUCCGGGAGGAACCACUACAUCCCUCUGGUAGGGAUCAAGAACACUGUGCUGCCCAAGCUGCCGGCCCGCCUGCUGCCGAAGGCCUGGGGCGUCCCUCAGGAGCUCAUCCGCAAGUACAUCAAGCUGGAACCGGACGGGAGCUGCGUGAUCGGUGGCGACCGCAGCUUGCAGGAUAAAUAUCUGAUGCGGCUGGUGAACGCCAUGGAGGAGGUGUUCAUGGAGAAGCACAGCAUCCACCCAUCGCUGGUGGCUGACGUGCACCAGUACGUCUACAGGCGGACCGGCGUCAUCGGCAUCCAACCCGAGGAGGUGACCGAGGCCGCUAAGAAGUCGGUGAUGGAGAACCGGCUGCACCGCUGCCUGAUCUGCGGCGCCCUCUCGGAGCUCCACGUCCCACCAGAGUGGCUGAUUCCAGGCGGGAAGCUCUACAACCUGGCCAAAUCCACUCACGGGCAGCUGCGGCCGGACAAGAACUACAGCUUCCCCCUCAACAACGUGGUCUGCUCUUAUGAGCCCCAGAGAGAUGUCCUCCUCCCAGAUUAUAAACUGAGCUCCCUCAACACCUGCAACUGGUGUCACGGCACAUCGGUCCGCCACAUCCGCGGCAACGGGUCAGUGGUUUACCUGGACGGGGACAGAACCAACACGCGCUCUCAGGGCGGGAAGUGUGGAUGUGGCUUCAAGCAUUACUGGGAGGCGAAGGAGUACGACAACCUCCCUGAGGCCUUCCCCAUCACGCUGGAGUGGGGCGGGCGGGUGGUGAGAGAGACCGUGUACUGGUUCCAGUACGAGGCUGAAGCGGCUUUGAAUAGCAACGUGUACGACGUGGCCAUGAAGCUGGUCACCAAGCACUUCCCGGGGGAGUUUGGCAGCGAGAUCCUGGUGCAGAAAGUAGUCAACACAAUCCUGCAUCACACCGCCAAGAAGAACCCGGACGAGUACAACCCAGUGACCAUCGACGGCGCUCAUGUCCAACGUCUCACCGACACGAUGGAGACUCCGCAAGCGGCGGAUCCCCAGCCACCCACUAAGAUCAUCCUGACUGGUCAGAAAGCCAAGACGCUCCACAAAGAGGAGCUGACGAUGAGCCGGGCGGAGCGCAGCAUCCAGCAGAGCAUCAGCGAGCAGGCCUUCGUCACUCAGAAGCGGCGGACUGACAAGCUGAAGCAGGAGCAAAAGGGCCAUGCCCGGACGACCUCCCCCGGUGGGUCUCCGGAGACUUCCUCCUCGUCAGCUCCAGCCACGCCUACCAAGUCCUCCUCCCCCUCCUCGUCCAAUAAGGAGAAGAAGAUCCGUGUGACCACCAGUGAUGGCAGGCAGGCCAUGCUGACCCUGCAGGCCCACACCACCUUCUCAGAGCUGCAGAGGAGCAUCGCCAACCAAUUUGGCGUGCCUCCGGCACAGCAGUGCAUCCGCUCCGGCUUCCCGCCAAAAGAACUGGUCCCUCCAAAGGACGGCGAGGAGAACGAGCCGGUGGCGCUGCAGCAUGGCGACCGGGUGACGGUGGAGAUCCUGAGGGUCCCCGAAGACAAGAGCAACGCGGCCUCCAUACCGCGGGCCUCCAGCUCGCACUCCGCCCUGCACUCGGUGAAGAGCGAUGACGCUGUCACGUCCGGCAGGAUUAGCAGCCGCGAGCUUCAGGACAGCAUCGACCUUGAGAUGUCCUCCCUCUGUCUCCUCGCAACUCUCAUGGGUGAGGACGUUUGGUCAUAUGCCAAGAAGCUGCCGCACUUGUUCCAGCAGGGUGGCGUCUUCUACAACAUCGUGAAGAAGGAUAUGGGCCUGAUGGACGGGAAGCACUGCACGCUGCCUCACCUGACGGGGAAAACCUUUGUCUAUAACGCAGCGGAGGAGCGCCUGGAGCUCUGUGUGGACGCUGCUGGCCACUUCCCCGUCGGCCCCGAUGUGGAGGACCUGGUGAAGGAGGCGCUGGUCCAGCUGCGCUCCGAGGCGGCCACCAGGGGCAGUAGAGAGGGGAGCCCGUCUCACAGCGUGCUGCGGCUGGGCAGCGGCGGCGUCGUCCGUAAGAAGGAGCAGCUGCAGAGCGUCACCGCCUUCCAGGGGAAAGGACACUCUCUGGGCAGCGCCGGGGGCUCCUCCCCUCCGGAGCACCGGCCUAUCACGCGCCAGCACAGCAGCGGCGUCGACUUGAGCGCCAGCGUGUCCCGAGGCCCGCCGGACCUGUCGGACAUCCCCGAGGACGCUACCAGGGAGCUGGUCCGCAUGGCUCCGGGCUUCGUCACUAUGAAGGACGGUCGCGGUCUGGACCCCGGCCUGAUGGAGCAGCAACGGAGGAAGCUGCAAGAGAUGGUCUCUUCCAUCCAGGCCUCCAUGGAGCGCCACCUGAGAGAGCAGCAGGGCGGCGCCGCCACUGGGGGCGGGGCCAGCCAGGAGCGGAUAGGCGGGUCCAAGACCGGUCAACCGACAUCCGCGGUCGACCACGAGGCUCCGGCUGCAGCAGGCGUGACGGCGGCUGGGAAGGUGGACGGGAAAGCGGAGGAGCCAGAGGAGAUGGAGAGUCAGGACGCCGGGCAGAGCAACGCCACCGAACCCAUGGAUCACUCCUGAUCACUGCCGACCCCCCGCCUCGCCUCGCCUCGCCGGCAUCUUUGGGUCAGAACGCCUCAGGUCGGAUCCUAAAGCUUUGGUCUUCAUCGUGUUUCGUUGUUUUACUGCAUGACUAAAGAGCGAGCCGGCGCCCUCACCUCUCUGCAGACUCUCGAUGGGACAAUGAAGGCGAUCUAUGGUGACGCGCUCUCUGCGAUACAUCAUCAACACUCACACUUCUGUUGCAAUACUGAGGCCGCUGCUGCGCGCGCGUGUGUGUGUGUGUGAACUCUAUGCACUUUGGUACACACUAUGUCCUCUCAGCUGUCCACACGGCAAACUUCACAAUGCAGUAAAUAAUAAACACAACAUCUGUUUGAUUCCUGCUUUUCAGAGAAGUUCUUUUGCCUUUUUUAGGAUCGGUUUUUCUCACUUGAUGAUGCAUCGUAAACGACUGUCUUGCAGCAUUUCGCAGCGUUGCCGGUGCGGUGACGGGAUUCUAUCUUUGGCCGUGUGAGUCCCGCCUGCAGACGUCUGAUCCUCUUGCUACAAACGCAGAGAUCCGAGGCUUGAAGCACCGCUCGGAUCCACACGUGAGAUGCAUUCCUGUAGAUAGAAGAAUCCUCUGAGUCUUAACCUGCCACCAGGGGGAGAGCUGCUGGUCGCCGGCAGUGUAAUGUUCUGCAAACAUGCUUCCGUCAAAGUGCACGCUCUGCAAAGUGCACCAGCCUCUGUACGCAUCAACGUCUUUAGCGCCCAGAUCUGCUUUCCCUCCGCCCGUCUGUCCGUCUGUCUGAGGACCGCCUGGUCUGGACCGUGUUUGCUCGACUGCCUGACUUGACCUGAAAUUGUAUUAUUUUUUUCCCCAACGGUCUCCACUUAAAAGACGAGAUUAAAAUUGAUUUGAAGCACCUGAACCUGCUUCAGACCAACCUGUGCCCCCUGCAGGUAACUGUUACGGUUACUGUUUCAGUUUUUAAUUUAUAUUUUAACCUCUAAAAUGUUCAUUUUGCUUCACUGACCUUUUUAAAUUGAAACUAAAUUGUUUUCUUUUCAUCUGUGAAACAGGUGACAAAUAUAAGUUUUAUAGAUGAUUAGAAUUAUUUUUGUCGGAAGGGUUUGUUGUUCUAAUUCUCAUUUCGGCCACUAGAGUCUGAAGUGCACCGCGACUGAAAACAUUCUUCUUCCAGGAGAUUUUUAAUUUUUUCCAUUAACAUCCAAAUAUAACACAAUAAACUGUAAAGUUACCUGGAAGAAAAUCUACAAAUAAUUGUAUUUAUUUAAUCUGUUUAGAACACGGAGUCAAGCUGCAUGUUGUCCUGUUGUGGUAGAAAUGAGUAUUACAACAAUAAACAGGAAAAACGCUUGUAAAAUAGUUUUUCGCAGGAAAAAAAAAAUGUAGACAGAUAAUCCCAACAAAACCUUUUCUUUUCACUUGUCAAAACAUUUCCCCCCAGUUUUCAAAGAUUAAGUUAAAAUUAAUAAAAUAAAUAAUUAAUUAAAAUAACUAAGAAAAAUAAAACCUUUUUUUCCCGCCCAAAAAGGCUGUUGUUAUUAAAAUCUAUUUAGCUAUUAUAAAAACAGUUUAUUCUGGACAGAUUACAGAUAAUUAAUAAUAUAAAGACUUUUAUCUGACAGUCAAGUGCCUGAAAAAGCUUAAUGUGUCGUUAAAAUAAUGAAAUGUUUAUAAAAUGUAUAAAAAUGACGCUUAAUGGACGCUGUUUGUAUCAAAAACAAACAUUAUUUUUUAAAUUGGAUUAUUAAGUUGUUUCCUGCAGGCGGCAUUGGGUUUAAAGUGGCUCUGCCUCGGUUCCAACUGGUUUCUUUUCAAAUAAAACAGCAUGACCUGAAGUGGACAGUCAAGUUAAAAAAGCUUGAGAGUUUGAAGAAAUUAAACUAAUUUUGGCUGUGAAGCUGCGACAGAGCUGUGUUUUUUGGAAUUCCAACUAAAUAAUCUGUUUGUCUUUAAGUUUAUUUUAUAAUUUGGGGGAGAAACCUUUUUUUUUUUUCUUUUUUAAUAAACUGGAAGAAAAAUGUUGCUCAGCAGCGACAGCCGGAAGUCCAGCGGUGGAUCCGGAUGUGUUGAGCUGCUCCACCUCUAAAAACCAAAAGAACUCGACGGAUCAGUUGACUGUAAUCUGUCACGAAGAAUAAAACCAAGAGUUUCUUUAGUCGAGAACAAAAAACGAUUAUUUUCUAUUUUUUCAGAAAUUACAUCAACUUUUAUCCUAAAUGCAAGGUGCUCAAGAGCAGUGAAAGCCGGCCAGUGGAAAGCAUGAGAAAUAUAAAAGCUUCUUCGAUUUCUCUGUUAAAAACAUUUAUUAAAGGUUCGAUCGGAUUGUUCUGAAGUUUGGCUGCGUGAGGUAAUGAUCCAGUGUCCGUGUGUAGAUGAUGCCGCAGCUGAACGCAUCUCAGAAAUAAUCCAUAUCAGGAUAUUUUCACAGCUUUACCUGCUUCAAAGCCACCAGACUCCAUUCACAAAAACAGCAAUUUUAACGUUGCAGAACACGAGAGUUGCAGGUCGACCGGCUUCCAUCGGUUAGUUUGGUUGUGUUGUUGUGUGACAGACUAAACCUUUAUAAACACACCAAAGUCUCAAUAUUACACAAACCAACUAAACAGUCAAGGCAGCUCCUUUAUCCUCUCUCGCUUGGUCAGGAGUCAUUUAUUUAGAUUUUCUUCUGCUCACAUUACAGGUGCAUCUCAAUACAUUAGAAUAUGAUGGAAAAGUAAAUUUCCAGUAGUUCAAGUCAAAUAGCCCCAACCAAGUAUUGAGUCAUAUAGAUGGUCAAACUUUUCAGAGGCCAACAUUUCCAUAUUAAACAUACUUUUUAAAAAUUGGCCUUUUGUAAUGUUCAAAUUUUUUUGAGACACUGGAAUAAGGUCUUCAUCAAAUGUAAGCCAUGAUCAUUAUAAUUAGAAGAAAUUAAAUGAACAAAUUCAUUAAUUCAAUCUAAUUUCAUAAUGUGUUAUUUCCAUUUUUUGAAAUGAAUUACUGACAUAAACUUUUCUAUGAUAUUCUAAUUUAUUGAGGACACCUGUAGAUAUUUACACACUAACAGGCACAUUUAGGAACAUUAGUCGGUGAGGAACCUGGGAGGAGUUGUAGUUAAUUUUCUCCAUCAGAAAAAUUACGUUUUUGUGUCAGAAUGUUCAAAAGCUUCGGUCAUGAUCUGUGCAUGAUCAUUUUGUUGAUUGCAAGUGUUUGUUGUUGUAAUUCUCAUUUCGGCCACUAGAGGUUAAAGUGCACCACGACCCUGUGUUGUAAACAGGACUGAAAACAUUCAGGAGACUUUGAAGUUCUCCAUGAAUGUUUAAAUUAUUAAUAUUAUUAAUAAAUAUAACACAAUACAUUGUAAAAGCCACCUUUUAUAGGAGAAAAAACCUACAACAACAAAUUAUUUGUUUAUUUAACUGUUUAGAACAAGGAGUCGUGCUGCACGUCACCCUCUUGUGGUAGAAAUGAGCAUUAUAACCAGUUUUUGCUGAUUUAAAAAAAAAAGUAAUAUAAAAAAAUAAUGUUUUUUUCACCAAUUUUCACGGAUUAAAUUAUUUAAAAUAAUUUCGAAAAAUUAUAAAUCUUUUUUAUGAAAAAAUAAGUUAAGAAAUUUAAAAAAAAACCAAGAAGACAAAAUAUUUUUUUAAUUUUAAAGUAUAUAUGAAAAAUAAUCCUGGUAAAACAUUUACUUUCACAGAGCAUUUUUUUUUCUCCCACUUGUUUCACAGAUGAAAAAAAUAUAAUGAAUGAAGAAAGGUAAUCCUAACAAAACCUUUUCUUUUCACUGCGCCAAAACAUUUUUUCUCCAAUUUUCACAGAUGAAAAACACAAAAUUAAGAAACUGUCCAAACCUUUCUUCAGAUGUUUGUGGGUAGAAUCUGGUGGCGGAGAUACCUCUGCAUGUUAUUUAGAUUCUCCAAAGCGGCGGCAUGCACACCAACAUCUCCUGUCGAUAAAAACGUCACUUUAAAAACUUCUGAACUCUUUAAAGCUUUCAUGAGUUUCAGUCCCUCUCUGAAACUAACUGAUAAACACUAAACGCUGCAGUAAACACUUCUUUCUGUCUUUGAGAAAACACGCUGAAAUUUUAACGUAGCUUUAGAAAAAGAAAGAAAGAAAAAGCAGAAUACGGCCAAAGAUAAAACGUGUUCGAGCUGGGAGUCCAGUUUAAAAACAGGAUGUGGGUAUUUGAUAUUUGGCUUCUGUCCUAUGCAAUAAAAUCUUCACUGAACUUAACUGACAAAAACAAGAAAAAAAGGACAAUAUUAACAUGAGAGAAGAAUCACUUUAACCCUGAAAUAUAUUUUCUCUGCUAAUUUCUUCAGUCAAACGUCUUUAGAAGCAUUUAGUCACAUGUCUAGGCCUCUCAGUUUGUUUUUAUUAUUUGGGAUCAAAUCCUGUUUUUGUGUCGCUAUAAGUCAGUAAAAUGAGUAUGAAAUGAAAGAAAACGAGCUGUUCGUAGCGGAGCACGGACCAGGGCCGUACAUUUAAGCUUUUAAAUCCAGAGCUAAUGCUGGAAAUGAACCUUCAAAGAGUUUAAUAAUCUUGUUUUUAAUGACAAACAGCAGUUUUGUUUGACAGAAGUGAUUAGAUGCUUAUGAAGACUCAAUUUCCCAGCAUCCUUUGCCCACAUAAGUGACCCAAGAUUUCAGGUCAGGGUUUUGUUCAGUGUCGCUUUUGGAGUUUUGAGAAGUUUUACAUUUUUGAGAAAUAAAUCUAUUUCUUGUUCCGAUCAUUCUCGGGUUAGCGUAGCUUAGCAUAAAGACUAGAAAUGGGUGGAAACAGCUAGCAUGGCUGCCCGAAGGUGCCAUGCUAGCUGACCACCAGCCAGAACGUCUGACGCUCACAGAUAAACGUCCACGUCGUGUCUACGGUUCGUCCUGUUUAUUGACUAACCUUACUCGCAGCUCCCAGGAUGCAACAGCAGCUGGGACUGAAAGACGGUUUAAAAUAGGAAGAAAAGAGAAUUUAAAGGAACAAACGUUUGUUUUUAAGGGCAAAGAGCAGCACCUCCUGCUCGCCAUCAUACAGCAGCUUGUUAGUGACAGCAGCUAGUUAAUAGCAGCUCGUUAGUGACAGCAGCUCGUUAACAGCAGCUCUCUGCUGUUAACGAGCUGCUGUCUUUAACGAGCAACACAAACCCUUUGUGAAAAAUGGUAGAUUCUGACUGCAGAACACAUAAAAAUAUAAAUGAGUAAUCGUUCGCGGUAUGAGCAGGUUAAUAAACGAAUCGUUCGUUAUCACAAGUUAAAAUGCCUCGUUGGGCAUUAAGCCUUUCACAUCUUUCUUUAAUUCGGACAAAAACAGCCAAGUUUUCCAAGUUGAGGCUAACUAACACAUCACAAAUAAACUAUAAAUAAUCUCAGAAAUCAAACUGCUGAUUUAAAAACGACUUGAGAAUCAAUUUACACUCCUGCUGCCAACAAAAUGUUUGUUUUAUUGUUGUUGUUGUUGGAGGAACUGGCCUUAAAAUCUGACCACAAAACAGUAGUUUUUACAAUCAAACUUUUCAUCUUUAUGUUGGAAGAUCUCGCAGUUUGACACUUCUUCUUUCUUAAAAUGUGAAUGGAUCCUUUUGGUGUUUGGCUUUCUGAGGUCAUUAACACACGCGGCACUUUGUUUGAGGAGAAGAGGGAACGUUAGCGUAGCAUGCUCGUAUUAGCCGCACCUGGAAAAAAAAGCCAGCCGUCUGCCGGUGGGAACAGGAGGACGUUUCCUCGAAUGUUUCCUCGGACGACUCUGCUGUAACAGACUUGAAGUUUUCUCUGUUCUGCUGUACACUGACAUGAAUUGUAAUCCAGUUGUAUAAUAGUAUAUAUUGUAGUAUAUUUGGACCUGUACAGAAACACAGAUUGUUCAGUUCCUUCACUACUUUUUCUUUUUUGUUUUGUUAACUUCUCUCUGGUUUGCUAAUAAAAUAUUGAUGAGACACAAUAUGCUUCGACAUCGCUGUUUGCAUGUGUGAUGAAUUUUCAACCCUGACAAUAAAAUAAAAUCACUUCCUUCACCCGU